AUGCGGUUUAACUCGGCUUUAAUCGUAUUUCAAAUAUUCAUAUUAAGUGUUUUAGCCUUAGAAUCUACUACUUCAUCACGCAGCAGCAAUGAUUUAGCACAAAAAAUUAGCGACUUGAUAAAAAAGGGCGACACUUCUCGUACAUUGGGUCAAGUAAACAACGCUCUACAAUCUUAUAACGAAGCUAUUCGCCUUGAUCCAACAAAUUACCUUGUUAUUUUUAAGCGUGGUGUCAUAUAUAUGAACAUGCCUGGCAAAGAAAAUUUGGCGAUUGCUGAUUUCGAUAGCGUCAUUAAACUUCGCCCUUCAUUUGAAGGUGCUCUUAAACAAAGAGCGAGCAUAUAUAUUAAAUUAGGGAACAUUGAUGAGGCAGAAAAAAAUGCAAAACUUUUGGCUCAAUCUGAAGCUAAAAAGUCAGGAUCAUCAGAAAAAUCCGAAAGUUUGACACAAUAUUCUAUUAUAGUAUUGGACCAGAUUUCAACCAUCAAAAAUUCGAUUAAAGCUGCUACCGAAUUUUCAAAAAAAUCUGAAUUUGAUAAUUGUGUGCAGUCGGCUACUGAAGGUUUAAAAACUGCACCUUUUUCACAAGAGCUUUUGUCUAUUCGAAUAAACUGCAAUUUGUUUCGAGGAAUGUCGAGAGCUAUUUCCCGAGAUUUCAACAACCUGGAGCUCGUUAUUACAAAAGAAAAUUAUUAUUCACAAGAUGCAUUGCUAUUAUACUACACCCUGCACGAAUCUGAAAAAUCCAUUACAAAACUUCAAAAGUGUCUUCGAUUUAACAUGGAAUCGAAGCCUUGUAAGGAUGCUUUUACCGACAUUAGAGGCUUUGAAAAAAAAUUCGGAAAAUACGCAGGAAUAGCAGAUCAAACUCAGAAUAAUGGGCGUCCAAAAUACACUGAAAGGGAUAAAAUAUGGAAGGAAGCAAAGGCGGCUUUAUUACCUGCUUUUGAAACCACUAUUCGUAAAUCAGUUAAAGAAGCAUACAAUAAACUUGGAUUUCCAGAUAACCUCGAUCCUAAUAAGCAUUCCAAGCUUCUCUCAAACAUAGAAGAAACUAUUUGUGCAGCAUCUUAUUAUUUGAAACAAUUUAGCGAUUUAGAAGCUAUAAAAUACUGCGAUUUGAUCAUUUCUAGAGGGUCCUUACUUGAAACAUUAGGUGAUACCCAGUUUACUCCUAGUGUUGAUAUUCAGGUGAUUGCACAUUUGUUUAAAGUCGAAAAGUAUCUAUCGGAUGAAGCUUAUGAUAAAGCAAACGAUGUGAUUAAUAAUGCCCCAGACACGGUCAAGGCUGAUAAUCGCAUAACUUCCAAAAGGAAUGAAAUUGAAUUACAACGCACUAGAUCUAAAAAUACAGACUAUUACAAGAUUUUGGGUGUUUCGCGAAAUGCUGAUGAUAAAGAGAUUAAAUCUGCAUAUCGUGAAAAAACUAAGCAGUAUCACCCCGACAAAUACCGUGGUGAACUUAGCCCAGAGGAAGUGGAUCGGAAAAUGGCCCAAGUUAAUCAAGCAUAUGAAGUAUUAUCAACACCGGAACUUCGCCAAAGGUUUGACAGAGGUGAUGAUCCAAAUAACAAUGAAGCAAAUCAAAACUCGCAACAUGCCGCUCAAGAACAAAUGCAGAAAUUCUUUCGAAAUGCUGGAGGAUCCCAACAAUUUGCUCAACAGUUUGGUGGAUUUGACUUUGGCUCUUUUCAUCGGCAGCGUCCUGGGGGAGGGCGAGCUCAAGGUGGUGGGCCAACAAGAGUGAAGUUUACAAUGAACCAUGGGCAUGCUCGUCAAAAGAAUAAACCAAAAUGA